UUUCGGCGACGGAAAGGAGUGUAGACGGCUGGUAGAUAUGGCUGGUGUGAUUAAAAAGACCACAGGCUUGGUGGGCCUCGCUGUUUCCCUGAACCCACAUGAGCGUCUUAGGAUUUUGUACACCAAGAUUUUGGGCUGCGUCCAAGCCAUGCCUCAGGAUGCUGCCUACAGGAAGUACACUGAGCAGCUAAUAACCGAGCGACUCAACCAUGUCAAAUCGGAACCUGAUGUAGGGAAGCUUGAAAAGAAAAUUAACUGUGGCCAGAUUGAAGAGGUCAUCGCACAAGCGGAGUCCGAGCUGACGUUAUCCAGAAAGAUGGCAGAAUGGAAACCAUGGGAACCACUGAUCGAAGAAGCCCCUGCAAACCAGUGGAAGUGGCCAGUCUAAACUCACCUUGUGGAUUUAUUCAUACUAGCCAUACCAUUUGAGGUUUCACUGGGCUUUUUGCUGAUUUCACAUUUAUUUAUGUUUAAUAAUGAUCAAUAAAUCUCUUACAUAAUGUGUCCACUGGGUGAAA